AUGGCUGAUGUGAAAGUAUUUGAUUUUCUAUUUGAUUUUCUGAAAGUUCUUUCUACCAAGGGAAUUGGAGCAGUGGCUCUAGAAGAAGUAACGCUGAAGGUCCAUGUAAGCGAUGCCAGCACACAUCAGCCAGUAACUGAAGCCUUCAUUGAGAUUUUUACCAACCAGAUCUCCAUUGCAUCUGGAACCUCAGGAGCAGAUGGCACUGCCUUCCUCAAGUUUCAGUAUAAGUUGGGCAAUCAGCUGAUAGUGACUGCUAGUAAACAUGCAUAUGUGCCAAAUUCUGCACCAUGGAAACCUGUAAGAUUGCCUGUGUUCUCUUCACUGAGUCUCGGCCUUCUUCCUGAACGCUCAGCUACUCUAAUGGUCUAUGACGAUGUAGUCCAGAUAGUCUCAGGAUUUCAAGGUGCACGGACUCAGCCACAAGUUCACUUUCAGAGAAGAUCUGUGAAAUUACCAGAGAACACUAGCUACAGUGAUUUGACAGCAUAUCUGACUGCAGCCAGUUCACCCUGGGAAGUGGACAGCUUUCCUUAUUUGCAGGGGUUAGAUGGAAAUGGAACAGGAAACAGCACUAGGUAUGACCUCACCCCUGUGACUGCCGUCAGCGUUCAUCUCCUCAACAGUGAUGGGACUCCAAUCCCCGUGAAUGGCCCCAUCUAUGUAACAGUGCCUCUGCCAACAAAUAGCAACUUGAAGCACAAUGCACACGUUCCAGCAUGGAGGUUUGACCAAAAAUUUGGGACAUGGCUGAAGAGUAGUUUGGGCCUUGUACAACAAGAAGGAAAUCAGUUGACUUGGACUUAUAUUGCACCUCAGCUGGGCUACUGGGUUGCAGCUAUGUCACCUACUAUCCCAGGUCCCGUUGUAACACACGACAUUACCAGCUAUCACACAAUGUUUCUUUUGGCAAUUUUAGGAGGGAUGGCUCUCAUACUUCUAGUCUUGCUGUGUCUGCUUUUGUAUUAUUGCAGAAGAAAAUGUUUAAGACCACGUCAGCAUCAUAAGAAACUGCAACUUUCAACAGCACUGGACACUUCUAAGAAGGAUCAAGCAACCUCAAUGUCCCAUAUAAAUUUAAUAUUUUCACGUCGUGAGUCAGAAUUUCCUGGCGCAUUGUCCGUUGCUAGCAAUGGACAUACUGAAAACUCAGGUGCAAAGGAAUUAAUCAGUGCUGUCCACAUGGAGAUAGUAUCACCCAGUGGAGAAGCAGAUAUGCAUACCCCCAUGCUCAAACACUCCUUCAGUACUUCUCAGGAGUUUAGCUCCCGAGAGGAACUGCUCUCUGACAAGGAGAAGGACAAGAGCAGAAUUUCCUUGGAUGACCUGACUCCCAGUGGGUCUCUAAGAAAAGACUACCACAAAUCAGCAGAUAGUUUUCCUUUAAAGACAAGAAAAUCUACAGAAACAGCUGAAGGCUAUGAGUCCCCUAUCAAAGAUGAGUACAGGAGAAGUUACAAUGCAAUGCUGUCUCAGCCUUUAUUUGAAAAGCAAGAGAGAGAAAUUCAAGUAUCUAUGAACCAUAUUGCUACUGGAAGUAAAUACAAUAUUCAGGAACAAAUAUACCCCACUCCUUCAGCCCCUGAAAAAGAGCUGCUGGACUGCAGACCUACUGAUUGUAUGAUGUCUCGUUCAGUUGAUCACCUUGAAAGACCUACAUCUUUCCCUCGACCGGGUCAGUUAAUCUGCUGCAAUUCUGUUGACCAAGUCAAUGACAGUGUUUACAGGAAAGUUUUGCCUGCAUUGGUCAUUCCAGGUCAUUACAUGAAACUGCCAGGAGAACACCCUUUUGUUAGCCAGCCACUGGUUGUCCCAGCUGACCAGCAAAUUGAUAUAGAAAGACUUCAGGCUGAGCUUCCUAACCCUCAUGCACGGCUUUUCCCACACCCCCCACAACAGCUGCAACCCCAACAGUUAGCAUCACAAGCAAUAUCUCAGCAACAUUUGCAAGAUGCAGGUGCAGCUGAGUGGAGUCAACAAAAUGCGUCCAUGUCUGAAUCUGUUUCCAUUCCUGCCUCACUAAAUGAUGCAUCCCUGGCUCAAAUGAAUAGUGAAGUGCAGCUUCUUACAGAAAAGGCUUUGAUGGAAUUAGGAGGUGGAAAGCCAUUGCCUCAUCCUCGAGCAUGGUUUGUUUCUCUAGAUGGACGUUCAAAUGCUCAUGUUAGACAUUCAUACAUUGAUCUCCAAAGAGCUGGUAGGAAUGGGAGUAACGAUGCCAGUUUGGACUCUGGUGUUGACAUGAAUGAACCAAAAUCUGCCCGAAAGGGAAGAGGAGAUCAUCUGUCUGCGCCACAGAGUCACCCACCAGUGCAAGAGCACCAGCAGAGAGAGCGGAAGGUUUCAGAUAGCACAGCUUACACACAGCUUGUGUACUUGGAUGAUAUGGACCAAAGUGGCAGCGAGUGUGGAACAGCAGUUUGUAGCCCUGAGGACAAUGCUCUACGAUGCCUCCUAGAAGGCACUAGUAAGAGAAGUGGUGUGCAGCUGCCCAGCCUGCAGGAGGAAACAAGAACUGUGGAUACCAAACCAGAGCCAUUAACUAGUCCUGAACAUGGAACAUCAGUUCAAGAGGAUGAGGACGAUGAGGAGGAUGAGGAGGAUGACCAGGGUGAAGAUAAGAAGAGUCCUUGGCAGAAACGAGAGGAAAGACCACUAAUGACUUUCAAUCUAAAGUGAGCUAUUGUGAAAAUCCACCAUUCAGUGGAGUAUAAAAUUGCCAAAUAUUCUUUCUGUGGAAGUGCUUGAUUUUUUUUUUUUCUUUUUUUUUGUUGUGGAGAGAAAAGAGAAAAACAAACUGUGGUGAGCAACAUUUGAAAGAACUUAAAUGCAUUACUGUGUAAAUGUUAGAAAAGAAUUAAAAUCAUUCCUCUGAUUUAACAGCUGCCUCCAGUGAGAUAGCUGAACAAAGAGUGUGAUUGUUAUUCCAUAUACUUGAUAUUGGUCAUCCAGGAUGUUGAAAAUACUGACAAAUUGUUUUGGUUGGUUUAUGACCUCAAUCUCCUUAUAAAUGGGAGCUGGUAAAGCUUUUGUUUUGUAGGCCAAUUUUAUGUUGAUAAUGCUACUGAAAGUAUCUUAAAAACAAGACUUUGACACAUGGUGUCCAAAAUUGUGCAUUAUCUCAAUGAAAGGCUAUGCAUUGCUGCUUUUAGUAAUAUUUUGCUUAUACUGUGCUUUUCUUAAUUUUACGAGUUGGUUGUAAACAUUUUAUGUCCUUUAUUAUAAACUACUCAGCAAUUUAUUUUAAUGUAAAACUGCAGGAAACUUGAGUAGCAUCCCUUAGCAUUGAAACCUUUUUAUGAAACCAAACUGAACUUUGUGUCGACUAAGAUUCCUCCAAUUCUGGUCCCAUUUACUCAAAGUGCCUUUUUUACAGUAACAAUGAACAGUCCCUUCUUUUGCUAACUCCUUUUAAUUGACCCCAUUUGGGAUUUUAUAAACUUCUGAACUUCUACCUUUUAUUUUAAGCUGCAUGCCAAGAGUCCCAUUUUGUGCUGAGCAUUUCUCAUUUCAAUACAGUGUAUUCUGUAGCUAUCAUGUAUAUUGUGGAUUCUGUUUAGCCAGGAUAGACUUAGAAGACAUUUUAAAGGGCCCAGAGUAGCCAAGAAGAUAGUUUCAUUGACUGUAUAUAUUGUUAGUUUCCUCUGGAAUCAUAUGAGCUAAUCAUGCUCAUAUAAAAUGGACUAUAGACCGAGCAAGUGGACUGAAUGUGUCUAGAAAAAUUUUUAAAAAAAAAAAAUGUACUAUCCAAAAGUGCCAGAAUGACUUUUCUGUGCUUUCUCCAUACAGAGCUGCUUGGUUAUCCAAAAAUUAUAAUUGAAAAUAAACUGCAAAAAAUAU